AUGCAGCGUGAUACGCAACUCUUAAAAAGACAGUAUAAGUCAUUUAAUCAGUAAUUAUGUCCCCACUGGAUGCAACAAAUGCCUUGUUUGUAAUGGGGUUUAUUGGCUUUGUCUUGUCGUGCCGGGAGACAGGAUCACAGUAUGGUAAGGGGCCUAACAUUUUCAUCACAUGCUUGAGGUAUUCCACCAAUUACAAUGCACUGGAUAGCUGGCCAAUCAGUGUACACCUUGCUUUUCAGAACGCUUUUUGAACCGUAAACCACAUUAACACAUUGCAUUACAUCAAAUACACAACAUAAUGUUCUUGUUAGCAAAGUCAUAUGACCUCUUUAAAAAUGACAUUGUAGUGCACCCUGGUGAUUUUGAGAACCUCACAUUCGGAAUGUGUUAUAUACAGUACACUGACAGAUUCUUCACUUCACUCACACACACUUCUGAUUUCUGCUUCUUUUAUUUAGGUCAUAAUGGAAUGAGAUAUGUAAUUAAGGAGCACCAUCCUGUGACCUCUAGCCAGUUCUGUACUUGCCAAUAAGAGCAGAGCCUUCAGCGCAGAGACAACAGAUGGAGACCAGAUCUUCUCGAAGGACAUCUGACUGGAUCCUUGAGCAACUGGGAGCACCAAUCAGAUCUCUGCAGCUGUGUGGGGUGCAAUAUGAAAAUCUGGUCAUGGGUGGGUAUCUGAUGAGAAAUGAGGUUCUCAAAAAACACAAGCACUUCUUGCACUGUGGGAAGCUAUGCAUGGGAAUGCUCAGAUUUGCUAUCUGAAAAGCUAUUGCACACAAACAAGACCCCGGCCAUGAAUAAAGCUUCCUAUUCAGUGUGACAAACACCAAGUGUACAGUAAACAAAGGAAAACAAUAAUCCGUUUUCUCAAGCUGAUGUUCCUAACAGAACUGAACAAUCAUCCAUGUAAUUUCAACGUUACAUCCAAUUACAGUCAAGGACAGUGGAAUACUGCUAAACACCAUAAUCUGUGUAAACAACAAAACCUGCGGGAGCUAUGGCUAAAGCAAAGAUGUCUAUUUUGCCUGGGUCCAGUGGACAAGGAGGAGGUAUGGUGACCAGUGCCUUACUUUGCUGGGCUAUGGCUCUAGUGUUCCUCUCAUUGACGAGGGUGCCUGUUGUUCAAGGUGACUGCUGGCUGAUUGAAGGGGAAAAGGGAUUUGUGUGGUUGGCAAUCUGCAGCCAGAACCAGCCACCAUAUGAAAAUAUUCCAUUGCAUAUUAACAGCACAAUUGUUGACCUGCGCCUCAAUGAGAACAAGAUUCGAAGCAUCCACUUUUCUUCCUUAAGUCGCUUUGGAAAUCUCACAUACCUGAAUAUGACUAAGAAUGACAUUUCUUAUAUAGAAGAUGGGGCUUUCUCUGCCCAAUUCAAUCUUCAAGUACUGCAGAUCGGCUUUAACAAGCUAAGGAACUUGACCGAGGGGAUGCUGAGAGGAUUGGGACGCUUACAGUACCUCUAUCUUCAGGCUAAUCUGAUCGAGACCGUCUCGGCCAAUGCCUUCUGGGAGUGUCCUGCGAUAGAAAACAUUGACCUCUCCAUGAACAGGAUUCAGCAACUGGAUGGUGCUACAUUUCGAGGUCUAUCGAAGCUUACAACAUGUGAGCUCUAUUUAAACCCAUUCAGUUGCUCAUGUGAGCUGUUGGGAUUCCUGCGCUGGCUUGCUGCGUUCCCAAACCGGACAAGUGAGCGGAUGGUGUGUGACACACCUGCUGGCUUUUCAGGCUACAGUCUCUUGAGUCAGAACCCCAGGAUGCCAAGAUUUCGGAAUGCUUUCCAUGCACUAUCCUCUGUCUGCGAUGAUGACAACGUGACGCCAUAUCUUCAUGGAUCUUCAGAUGGUAGCACUCCCUCAAUGUUGCCUGAUUUUAGCCCUUGCGGACUGGAUGAUUGUUCCUCAGGAACAUUUCCAGUGGAGCCCAUAAGCAUCAGCCCCACCUUUCUGGAUCCAGAUGCACGUCCUGUAAUGAAACUAAAAGAAGUUACCCACACAAGUGCAAUAAUAACCAUCCAGAUUCCAAAUCCAUUUCGCAAAAUGUACAUCCUUGUCCUGUAUAAUAACAGCUUCUUCACUGAUAUCCAAAACCUGAAAAGCCAGAGAGAAGACAUUGAGCUACAGAACCUUAAAUCUCAUACUAACUACACAUAUUGUGUGGCAUCCAUUCGUAAUUCACUGAGAUUCAACCACACCUGCCUGACCAUCUCUACAGGACCAAAGACAUUGCAAGAACAUGUGCCAAAUGAAUCAACUACCACACUUUACAUUAUGAUCAUCCUAGGUUGUCUCUUUGGGAUGCUGAUUGUUCUGGGUUUAGUGUUCCAUUGCUUGAGAAAGCGCAAACAACAAGAUGAGCCAAAGAGCAAGAAGCUGGAAAAGAUGAAAAGAAACUUGAUCGAGAUGAAAUAUGGAACUGAAUUGGAACAAGGCACUAUAUCACAGCUGUCACAGAAACAAAUUCUGUCCACUGGUGAAACAGUACAAAGGAUGCCAUACUUGCCAACUGCCAGUGACACAGAACAGUAUAAGAUGCAAGAGAUCUCUGGGACACCAAAGACUACAAAAGGGAAUUACAUGGAAGUGAGAUCAGAGCAGCCAGACCGCAGCAUUAGGGAAUGCAGCAUUCCUCCAUCAGAAACCAGUCAGGGAUCUGUUGCAGAGAUAUCCACGAUUGCAAAAGAAGUGGACAAAGUAAACCAGAUCAUCAACAACUGCAUCGAUGCACUCAAAUCCGAUUCAACAUCAUUCCAGGCUGCAAAAUCUGGCGCUGUAUCCACAGCGGAGCCGCAGUUGGUCCUUAUAUCAGAACAUCCACCAGGCAAGUCUGGUUUUCUGUCUCCAGUGUACAAAGAAGGGUACCAUCAUCCUCUACAGAGGCACCACAGUAUGGAUGCCCCACAAAAGCGUGCAAGCACAUCCUCAAGUGGUUCAAUGCGCAGUCCACGCUCUUUCCGUUCUGAAGGAGCCUACAGAUCAGAGUCCAAAUAUAUUGAGAAGGCAUCUCCAAUCGAUGAGUCGGAUAUCAUAACAGUCACUCCAGCUGCUGCAAUCCUGAGGGCAGAGGCGGAGCGGAUUCGACAAUACAGCGAACACAGGCACUCCUACCCUGGUCCCCACCACAUAGAGGAGUCGAUAGAAGUGUCAGGAAGCCGGAAGUCAUCCAUUCUGGAGCCUUUGACGUGCUCCAAACCACGGGAGCUGUCCUAUUCACAGCUCUCACCACAUUACCACAACCUCAGUGGCUAUUCAAGCCCCGAGUACAGCUGUAGGCCUUCUCUUAACCUGUGGGAACGUUUUAAACUCCACCGCAAACGUCACAGGGAUGAUGAAGAAUACAUUGCAGCAGGUCAUGCAUUAAGGAGGAAAGUACAGUUUGCCAAAGAUGAGGACCUACAUGACAUUUUGGACUACUGGAAAGGAGUCUCCGCUCAGCAGAAAUCAUGAUUGCCGUUUUUAUAGCUCAUUCAAUUAAAGAAGACCACACAAAUCUCUGGACCAAACCAGCGAGUAUCAAUGACUAAGUGACAAGUCAGCACCCACUUUUAGAAAAAUAGCCUAGAAGUAUUACUAGCUCUUUUCAAUCAUUCUAUUUGAGAAUGAAAACAAAAUAAAAGGUACUGUAGUUCUUGCAGUGAGUGUACAUGCCAAGUGGUAAGAAUAGAAAACUUUUAACAGUAUUAACCUCAACGCAACAUUUGAUUUUUAUAUAUUGGAAAUAACAAUAAACUAUUAUUAUAUUAUCAUUCUCAUCUUCAUGACCAUCAUUGAUUACUAGUAUUACUGUUAAGAUUGAUUCUUCUUAUUAUUACAAUUAAUAUUUGGUUAUCGCAUGGCCGUGUCCUGUGACAGUAUUGACUGUUGUGUACUUGGAAAAACAUACAACUCAAAAUGUCUGCCGAACACUGUUCUCCCCAACUUUAGAUUUGUAUACAGACUGUGCAACUUUGAAAACGACGUUGUGUUUUAUUUUUCUUUAGUGACUCUUCAGUGGACAACUGAUGAAUUUGCUACAAAAGCACACAUCUACUGGAUUUUAAAACAAAAGCUUCUCAGUGCUUUAUCCAUUUUUUUUUUGUAUUUUUUUGUAAAGUUUACAUUAUCAAACAUACAAUGAAUGUUUCAAGUCUUUAAGACUUACACCUGCAAUGUGAUUACAUACAGACACAGCUGUGCAGGUAGAACUGUUUUUGGCUUUCUAUUGUUGGAUUUCAUUAACAGAUCUUCAAGCAGUGCUACUGAUAAAACUGACACUACAAAUUCAACACAAGUCCUGCAUACUGGAGAAUGAAUGUACUACGUGUUAACUCUAUUUUUCUCCAACAUCAGUUUUACUGUACAUGAAGCUUAGUUCAGCUUAAACCCAAUUCUUGUAUGAAAGACCAGAAAUAGUUCCUUCUCAGUCAAAGAUAUUGCUACAACAUGCCUACUUUAAAUCACUGUGAACCCAAAGACCUUGCUAAAUCAGUCCUGGGGUUUGUUUUUUUACUGAGAUUCAACAGAGCUAUGUUUUCUAUGGCUUUUAAGCCAGAUCUAAAGUGCUGAUCUAGGCAGUCCUAAUAGCAUAAUCUUUUUCUCACCGCCAUUAAGGCUGAUAGACUAUUUAGAUUCCACUGAUUGGAACAAUGGAAUUUUCCUCUACAUUUUGAGGAAAAAAAUGUAAGACCUGUUCUGAGAAACCACACAUUACAAUAUCCUGUUUCAUGGAGUGAAAUAACACAACACUUAAAUUAUAUCUGAAUCAAAGUGGAUGUCAAACAUCUGACAUAACAAUUGUCAACCAAAUAUUAAAGCCCUAGGGUGCACAAACCAUCAUAACCACCAUCUCAAAACAUGAGUAGAUUGUUUGAAAUUUGAUUCGGAUUGUGUGCAAUUUAUGGAAGAAAUAUGGAAUUUUUAUUUCGCCAACUGUUUUUUAUUUUAUUUUAUUAUUAUUAUUGUUUACUUAGAUUUUUUUUAUGGAAAUGCCAUUGUCAAACUGAUUGUUGAACUGAUUUGUUGCUUAUUAUAUGAAAUUCAGCCUGGCUCUGAAUAUGCACUCUCAUCUUGUUCCUAACAUAAAAAUGGUUUCUGUUUCGUUAAACAAUCAAGUUUAAAAUGUUUAGACAUUAUUCUGAGCUAAAUAAAUGCUAACAAGACUGGACUAAAGCACGAUAAUAGGGUCAAAAUAAUUAUUUAAUCCAAAUGUCUGUAUAAUUCAUGGUGGUCUUUAAACCACCAAAAGAAUUCUCUAAUCUUUUCCUUAAUUUGUGCAUAAAUAAAUUUUAAAUAUUUGAUUAUUACACUUUGAAAAACAUGGCCCAAGUGCAAAUCCAAAAAAAAUUAUUUUUGACUUUAAUGCACUGUAUUUCAUUAACGGGUCUAUGUUGAGUUGAUUGCCAUCUCUGAUACUGCAAACUGUAGCACUCCAGAUUUUCCAUGGACACUGAAAGUAAGCUGAAAGAAGAUGACUUGGUGAAUGUAGAGCAGCCUGAAAACAGCCACAUGUAUGGGCUACUUGUAAGAGGGAAAGAAUGGAUCAAAGGGCUUUAUGUCUGGUGGAAAUGUCAAAGAGCACAAUAAAAAUGGUUUUAUUUCUUAAAGAAUAAAUACUUUUUUUUCUUAAAGAAAUAUUGUGUCUCAAGCAGUGUUCAGGUGUGGAGCUUAAGGUAAGUCUCCUGAUGCGUUUUUGUGAGAACAGCAAAAACACAUUAAGGAGGGCUGAACUGUAAUUGCAUGUCCUAUAAGAAACCUUCUGGGUCUCAGAGACUUAUACC